AUGGUCCCCGACCUCCUGCUCUGCCCCAGAGGCCUCGGCAUCUACUUCUGCUGCCUGCGGCCGCUGCCCACCCACCCUGAACUCCCCGCAGGACACAACCGGGAGCCCACCCAGCACCCACCACCACUGUCACCGCCACCACCGCAGCCCCCGUGGCUCCCCCCCAAUGCCACCAGGGCCACCAGCUGCGGGACCCCCGCGGGGCUGGACAUGGCCUCUUUGCCAACGCAGCCCCUCUGCACCGAAGAUAUCCCCAUCGGCAGCACGGAGGAGGAGGAGGAGAUGAGAAUCGAGGCUGAAGAGCUGCAGGGAGCCACGGAAGGCUGGAGGAAGGAGCCCUUUGGGCGAGUGGAGCUGGUGCCGGCAGGGGUCUGCCCACCCUCCCCGCUGCCCAGGGAGCUGAGGGUCCACCUGGGCAACCUGGGCCCCCUCCUCCUGCCCCAGCCGUGCCUCUGCCUCUGCGGCACCCACAGCCCCCCGCUCCUGCUGCCCUUCGCCCACCUGGGUGACAUGGGGACCCCAGGGUCACCUUCGCAGGGCUGCGGCAGUGCCCUCCUCCAGCUGCCACCCUGCCCACGGCUGUGUGGGACCCUCCUGUCCACCCGGCAGGGCGCUCCCGGGCUGCCGAAGCCACCGCUGGAGGUGCCCAGCCACCGCGUGGCCAAGCCGCCUGCGGGCAUCGGGCCGUACCCGCUGGGGAAGGACGUUAGCAGGAGCAAGUACAAGUGCAACAUCUGCGCCAAGAGCUUUGGGCAGCUCUCCAACCUCAAGGUCCACCUGAGGGUGCACAGUGGCGAGCGGCCCUUCCCGUGCCCCAUCUGCAAGAAGCGCUUCACGCAACUGGCACACCUGCAGAAGCACCAGCUGGUGCACACUGGCGAGAAGCCCCACCAGUGCCCGACGUGCCACAAGCGCUUCAGCAGCAGCAGCAACCUGAAGACCCACCUGCGGCUGCACUCGGGCGAGAAACCCUUCCAGUGCCACCAGUGCCACGGCCGCUUCUCCCAGCGCAUCCACCUCCAGCUCCACUGGCGCCUGCACCAGCGCUGGCGCCCACCCCCCAGCCCCCCACGGCCGCCUCGCCCAGGCCAAUGGGUGCUCCAGUCUGGAUGCUGGGUGCUUGGUGCAGGAGGAGGAGGAGGAUGA